AUGACGCCGGAUAUUUUUGCCAUGAUUAAAGCUCGGACUGCGGAUAUAGGAGAUCACAUUAAGGAUAAGCACCAUGUUGAUCGAGCAGUGCUGGCAGUCCACAUGUCCAGCUCCUCUGAGCUUUUUAAUUGCCGAAGCGCGUUGACUCCUAAGGAUUUUUACCGUGCGUCUGUUUUGGUCGUAAUUUUUGUCGGACGUCCUGUAGGAGGCUCGAAUCGGUUGGAUGGCCGUUACAAACUCGAAACCGGCUCCUUGCUUUUAGUAAGGAAGCUAAAUUGA